AUGCUGACGGCUCGCCCCCUCGCCACUGCGCGCCCCGUUCGGGCUGCCCGCGCCGUGGCUGCCCGCCCCAGCGCGCGCGUUGUGCGCGUCCGUGCUCAGCCGGAGCAGGCUUCUUCCCUGGAGGCCGCGAUCAAGGAGGCUGAGGAGACCUGCGAUGGCGGGCCUGCCGGCGAGUGCGCUGCCGCCUGGGACAACGUCGAGGAGAUCAGCGCGGCCAUCUCUCACAAGAAGGACGCGGCGGCCAACAGCGACCCCCUGGAGGCGUUCUGCGGUGACAACCCCGACGCCGACGAGUGCCGCGUGUACGAGGACUAA